UAUAUGAUAAAGCAGUUAAAGAUUAUCACCUACUAGCAAUUGCAAAUAUUGUUCAAAAUGAAGCAAAGAAAGCUUAUAAAAAUUCGAUUGUAGAAUAUCUUAAAACUCAAGAAGUUGCAAACAUUAAAUUUAAGCUUGCAGGUUCAAUAAAUGUAUAUCUUAUUGGUGAAUCUAACUUGAAAGCUGAUAUUAAUAAUACUAUGAAAUUUUUAACUAAAAAAAACUAUUAUGUAAAACAAUUUUUUGUUAAAAA